CUAUGCAUGGUUGGUGUUGUCUGUGUUUCAUCUUGAAGCAAAAUUCAUAGUACUAAAGGGACUUGGAUUGGGUUUUGUUUGAAAACUUCCCUAUCUAAAGAGCUGUACGCAAUGAUGGCUGUGCGUGGAUCAAAUGUGAAAAGGGUUGCUGAAAGGGUUCUGAUUGUUUUUCUUCUUCUUUCAGUCUAUGUUACUCCUUCUCAUCAAAAUACUGACCAGGAAACAACCUCAGCAUCCAAUGAGACGAAACGGGUUGAUACUAAUUAUCAUGCUAAAGUAUUUUACAAACACACUUGGCCGGGAAUGAAAUUUGGCUGGAAAAUAAUAGUGGGUUCCAUAAUUGGAUUCCUAGGAUCAUCAUUUGGGACUGUGGGAGGUGUUGGUGGGGGUGGCAUAUUUGUGCCUAUGCUUACCCUUAUUAUUGGAUUCGAUGCAAGAUCAGCAACGGCAAUAUCAAAAUGCAUGAUUACGGGUGGAGCAGGAGCAACUGUUUUCUACAAUUUGAGGCAAAGGCACCCAACUCUUGACCUGCCUGUGAUUGACUAUGACUUAGCUCUUCUUUUUCAACCAUUGUUGAUGCUUGGAAUCAGUAUAGGAGUUGCUUUCAAUGUCAUUUUUCCUGACUGGAUGCUAACAGCUUUGUUAAUUAUAGUUUUCAUAGGCCUUUCAGUCAACGCAUUCUUAAAGGGUGUUGAUACGUGGAAAAAAGAAACCCUUACCAAGAAGGAAGCUAGGCAGAAUUCACAGUUAAAUGAUACUGGAAGAACAGAUAAUGCUGCACAUCGUCAAACAGAAGACAGGGUCAAUGAAAGUCAUACAAACACCAGCCAAUCAAUGAAAAAAGUUUCUGUUAUUGAGAAUAUUUAUUGGAAGGAACUUGGACUUCUUUUCGCUGUCUGGAUCUUGAUACUUGCAAUACAGAUAGGAAAAAAUUAUACAACAACUUGUUCAGCGUUAUAUUGGGUAUUGAAUCUAUUGCAGGUCCCUAUCACUCUAGGAACGACUUUAUAUGAGGCUGUGCUUUUAUACAGAGGGAAGAGAGUGAUAGCAUCCAAAGGAGAUCAACAAACACACUGGGGAGUGCAUAAGUUAAUUCUAUAUUGCACGUGUGGCAUACUUGCUGGCAUAAUUGGUGGCUUACUUGGUCUUGGUGGAGGAUUCAUAUUGGGACCCCUUUUUAUUGGACUAGGAAUUCCUCCUCAGGUGUCAAGUGCUACAUCCACUUUUGCAAUGACAUUUUCUGCUGCUAUGGCAGUGGUGGAAUAUUACCUUCUGAAACGUUUUCCUAUUCCUUAUGCACUUUACUUUGUAGCUGUAGCCACUGCUGCUGCACUUGUUGGGCAGCAUUUGGUGAGAAAGUUGAUUGCUAUACUGGGAAGAGCAUCUCUGAUAAUUUUCAUCCUUGCCCUCACAGUUUUUGUGAGUGGAGUAUCACUAGGUGGAGUAGGCAUAGCAAACCUGAUUGAAAAGAAGUCGUCCAUGGGAUUUGAAAACCUUUGCAAGACCAGGGUUAGAAAUUAAAGUUCUAGAUGUGUAGUUUCUACUAAUAUUAGCUUGCCUAAUUGACUAUUCUGUAACAAUUUAUUGACUAUCUUGAAGCUGCAUUAACAUCUUUAGUAUCGACAAAUAAGUUGUUUUGAUAUAGAUGAUAUUCCGCAAUACAAUUUUUUAAAUUCA